CGAUCCAAAAUAGCAGUCUAUGAGAAAAUGUGGUCAUACAUGAAAUCGGCCGAACCCUCAGUGUUCGUCAAGACCACGCCAGACGGGGUGGCCCGGGUACGAAAGUCGAAGGGCAAGUUUGCGUUCCUCCUGGAGUCCACCAUGAAUGAGUACAUAGAGCAGAGGAAACCCUGCGACACCAUGAAAGUGGGCGGGAACCUCGACUCAAAAGGAUACGGUGUGGCCACACCCAAAGGCUCCGCAUUAAGGUGGGUGGGAUAAUAUAACGAUGUUCUCCAUGGUGUUAUAGUAUUCCACCCACCCUGAUGUCUUGUGUUUGGCCCUUCUACUACUUCUUCUUCUUUAUUGUUUUGGAAAGGACACAAAGAGGUAACGGUAUCAUAUCUUUUACUGUUCUUCGAUACCAAGGUUGAUUUAUAAUUGUUAUCAUGGAUGUUUAUAUUUGUAUAUGUUUUAAUGUCGUUGUUCCUAAACCAAAGCAGAAUCCAUUCCAGGGUGUGAGAGUUGAACAACUGUUUCACUUCUAUCUUUCUCUCUGUCCUUCUGUCCUGUGUGCUUUCCUUCUCAACACUUGUGUUGUCACUUUGAAUUUAACAGCUCAGCGGUUUUUCAAUGUAGCCUUUAAAAGCUGCCCUGUCACUUGUGAUGAAUGUUAAUUGCACGGUGUUAAUGUUAAUGUUAAUUGCAUGGUGUUUGCUGUUAUUGCUUUCCUCCUCAGUGAUGACUGGUGUCCCCAUCCCGCACACUUCAGUUUCUAAACCACCUAACCCCUCAUGCCACCUUUCCAAUAUUUACCACUUUCUUUGCUCUACCUAUAAGCCUUACUGAUCUAUCUAGCUCAUAUUCGUUAAACAAUUUGUCAUUUUCCUACCUAGACCGUUUUCCUAAUAGAUAUAAGAGUUAUUAGUAAUACUAUUAUUAGCAAUAAACAAUGAGUGGUAGUCUACCGCUAUCAACUAUUAUCAUUAUCGUUAUAACUACUACUACUACUAUUCAAUACUACUACUAUACUACGACUAUACUAUACUAUACUAUACUAUACUAUACUACCACUUACUACUAUUAACUAUGCAUUAGAUUUCUCACGGACCUGUGCAUUUUCUUACAAGUUAUGUUUUAUCGUUUCAAGAAAUGCUGUUAACCUGGCAGUGUUAAAACUGAAUGAGCAAGGCCUGUUGGACAAAUUGAAAAACAAAUGGUGGUACGACAAGGGCGAGUGCGGCAGCGGGGGAGGUGACUCCAAGGUCAGCCUCGAUGUCACCAGAUCGGGUACCAUGGUGCAGAGUAAUCGGCAAGGCUGUUAAUAAUAGUCAAUAGGAAUCAUUGAUUGUUGAUUAGAUUUAUAUUAUAGCGCUUUGAUUUUCUUACGCGCUUUGUUAGCUACAGUACAACCCAACCCAAAACAAACAUGUGUUGAGUCCAACCAGGCUCAAAGGUAGCCUUUCUGUCAUUUACCAGACUCUGACCAGCCUAUUGAACAAAAUAUCAAACUAAGAACCCUUCUUGGCUAAUACACAGAGAGGAUGAUGAGGCAGCACGCUAAGGCUAAGCUGAGUUGUUUGUGAGAAAGACAGUUGUGUGAGGAAGGAUCUGUGGCAAAGUGUUUGGUUGUGUUUGACAAGGAGGAAGUGUAGUUCUUUCACUGCUUCUCAGUGAUGGGAGGGAUGUGAGGAGGAUAGUGCUGUCCUGCAGUCGGAAAAAAGGAGGAGAUGGAAUUAACUCUAUCUUUAACAUCUGCAGGGCAGCAGGUAUUAUACUGUCUAGAGAAAGUAUAGCCAGUUUGAGGUCUAUUUAGCUUCAACAGUAUCUCUGUCAGAUCUCUGAGUAAAAUAUACCUAUUGUAAGUUAUAUAUUAUAUGAUAAGUAUGUAUAUUAUAAAGUACAUUUCAUUAAACAGUUUAUCACAAACUAUUUAUGAAAACAUGGCAUCUAGAUGCCAGAGACUGCCACCUUCCUCUUGUGAAGGCCACGUCUGUAUUUCAUAACAUUAUUGCUGUCUUGUCUGUCAGACACAACAUGGCUUCACAGCUGCUCAUGUCAUAUAGCUGCUUCUCUGGACAUCCCAUGCGACUGGCCUAGAGAAGCCAAUGCUGGGCUCUAGAGCCCAUUGGCUGAAACCCCCAAAAUGUCCGCUCAGCUGAGGCGUCUCAGCUCAGGGAGGCGAGGCGAACAGCGGAGUCUUGAGGGGACUAAGCAUUACGGGCAAACGUGAGAAUUCUAAUCUCAAAGAGAAGGUCUGAUCUCUUUGGGCUGUGGGUCAUGUGGUACCACUAAAUUCAAUUCAAUUGGGAUUUUGUAGGUGUUGGGAAUGGCCCCUAUAAUUGGUUGCCUUUUCAUAAUGAUUUUACCAAAGAUCUAUACAUUUGUAGUUGGUGUCAAAGUUUUUACCCAAUUUACCACUUGAUCGCAACAUGAACAACCAAGACCCAGAAUUGUUUUAAAGAGGGCAUUGACAUUUGAUACAGUUUAGAUGAAUUGAAUGACUAAUGACUCAGUCAUGACUCAUGCAAUGAAUUAUGUCAGCUAAGUGGCUAGUUUACAGAUUAGCUGUGCUAGAUGCUGUGGUCUACAGAAUGUGUCAUGGCUUUAUACGGUCAUUUGACAUGAAUUCUCAGGAACUGCAAUGCUAUACUAAUAUGACAUGUUGAAAAUAGCAUAAUGGCUAACAUCUCUAUAAUAUAUGGAUCAAGUAAUGUCCCACCAACACACCUUCUCUUUCUUUUCUGUUUUAGCUCCAUAAUGAUCACAAAUAGGUUUCCCUAUAUUUUCAUAUACGGUUGCAAAAUUCCACUAACUAAAAAAAGUCCCAGUAAAUAAACAAUUCCAGGUUUCCCAGAAUCCCUGUUUGAGGAUUCCCUCUGGCAGGGUUCCAUUCCUUGCUUGUUCUCCCCCUUAUUCUGGGAAUCAUUCCAUAGGGGCUUCUGGAAAACUUAGGAAUUUUGGGAAAGUCACAGGAAUUUUGCAACCCUAUUUUCAACCAUGCAUUUCUGAUUAUAAUCUGUGCUGUAUAGUCAGUGUGCUGAGUGAUGUUGAGGCCUGGUUAAGGCUGUGACGGCUGCAGUAGAAGAGCAGUAUCAUUGCUUCUCUGACAUGUUUCCUUCUGCCUUUAUCUGGACCUGCUCAGGUAUGUAUGCUUUGGCUUUUUAUUGGGCAACCUUCAGGAUCAUGGCUAAAUGUAUUGAUCAAUUGAAUUUACAAUACUUCAUACAUUAAUUUGCAUUUGAUCUCUACUGCUCUUAACCAUUCACACAGCACACCUCAAAGUCUGGCAUUUAGCUCUGAUGAGCAAUGGCAUCAUCAGUGAACGACAGACAGUGUGUGAAUUUUGGUGAUCGUGUGCUGUGUUCAAAGGUUAUUUCUCCAGUAUCUCUCAAUAACUCUGCUGUCAACUGGGACGGUCUCUGUCUCAUCUCUACAGGAUACUGUGGAAAAGCCAGCUUACCUGGACUCAUCCUUCCUUGAGCCUCCCGAUCCACACACACACACACACACACACACACACACACACACACACACACACACACACACACACACACACACACACACACACACACACACACACACACACACACACACACACACACACACACACACACUCCCUCUCUCUGAUCACCUCUCUAAUCCUGAGGCACACACCACAUCACUGCUGCUCUCCUAGAUUGGGUUUCAGGCUCCAGCAUCACGGAGCAUGUUAACAGAUAAUUGCAUUGUUAAUCAAUGUCUCUCCGAGCUAACACGAUGGACAGGUCUUCACAGCUACCCUAUUACCAUUGGCCAUGAUGGAUAUAAUAUUCUAUACAGUGUUGUAAUCUUCCUCUUCUCCUGAUGAUGAUAAUGCAUGGUUCCCUAAAGGUCCCAGGAGGACAUUGUUCAUUGUUCACCAGUGGAACUUAAGACACUUGUUAUCAUUCAUUAUUUUCUGAUUGACGUAGUAUAUAGAGUAGAGCACCACCAGUCUGUUUCUAUAGGGGCUAUAGAGUAGAGCACCACCAGUCUGUUUCUAUAGGGGCUAUAGAGUAGAGCACCACCAGUCUGUUUAUAUAGGGGCUAUAGAGUAGAGCACCACCAGUCUGUUUAUAUAGGGGCUAUAGAGUAGAGCACCACCAGUCUGUUUCUAUAGGGGCUAUAGAGUAGAGCACCACCAGUCUGUUUCUAUAGGGGCUAUAGAGUAGAGCACUACCAGUCUGUUUCUAUAGGGGCUAUAGAGUAGAGCACCACCAGUCUGUUUCUAUAGGGGCUAUAGAGUAGAGCACCACCAGUCUGUUUCUAUAGGGGCUAUAGAGUAGAGCACCACCAGUCUGUUUAUAUAGGGGCUAUAGAGUAGAGCACCACCAGUCUGUUUAUAUAGGGGCUAUAGAGUAGAGCACCACCAGUCUGUUUAUAUAGGGGCUAUAGAGUAGAGCACCACCAGUCUGUUUCUAUAGGGGAUAUAGAGUAGAGCACUACCAGUCUGUUUCUAUAGGGGCUAUAGAGUAGAGCACCACCAGUCUGUUUCUAUAGGGGCUAGAGAGUAGAGCACCACCAGUCUGUUUCUAUAGGGGCUAUAGAGUAGAGCACCACCAGUCUGUUUCUAUAGGGGAUAUAGAGUAGAGCACCACCAGUCUGUUUCUAUAGGGGCCUAUAGAGUAGAGCACCACCAGUCUGUUUCUAUAGGGGAUAUAGAGUAGAGCACCACCAGUCUGUUUCUAUAGGGGCUAUAGAGUAGAGCACCACCAGUCUGUUUCUAUAGGGGAUAUAGAGUAGAGCACCACCAGUCUGUUUCUAUAGGGGCUAUAGAGUAGAGCACCACCAGUCUGUUUACUAUAGAGGGAUAUAGAGUAGAGCACCACCAGUCUGUUUAUAUAGGGGCUAUAGAGUAGAGCACCACCAGUCUGUUUAUAUAGGGGCUAUAGAGUAGAGCACCACCAGUCUGUUUCUAUAGGGGCUAUAGAGUAGAGCACCACCAGUCUGUUUCUAUAGGGCUAUAGAGUAGAGCACCACCAGUCUGUUUAUAUAGGGGCUAUAGAGUAGAGCACCACCAGUCUGUUUCUAUACGUGGCUAUAGAGUAGAGCACCCACCAGUCUGUUUCUAUAGGGGCUAUAGAGUAGAGCACCACCAGUCUGUUUCUAUAGGGGCUAUAGAGUAGAGCACCACCAGUCUGUUUCUAUAGGGGAUAUAGAGUAGAGCACCACCAGUCUGUUUCUAUAGGGGCUAUAUAGUAGAGCACCACCAGUCUGUUUCUAUAGGGGAUAUAGAGUAGAGCACCACCAGUCUGUUUCUACAGGGGCUAUAGAGUAGAGCACCACCAGUCUGUUUCUAUAGGGGAUAUAGAGUAGAGCACCACCAGUCUGUUUCUAUAGGGGCUAUAGAGUAGAGCACCACCAGUCUGUUUCUAUAGGGGAUACAGAGUAGAGCACCAUCAGUCUGUUUUUAUAGGGGCUAUAGAGUAGAGCACCACCAGUCUGUUUCUAUAGGGGCUAUAGAGUAGAGCACCACCAGUCUGUUUCUAUAGGGGAUAUAGAGUAGAGCACCACCAGUCUGUUUCUAUAGGGGAUAUAGAGUAGAGCACCACCAGUCUGUUUCUAUAGGGGAUAUAGAGUAGAGCACCACCAGUCUGUUUCUAUAGGGGAUAUAGAGUAGAGCACCACCAGUCUGUUUCUAUAGGGGAUAUAGAGUAGAGCACCACCAGUCUGUUUCUAUAGGGGCUAUAGAGUAGAGCACCACCAGUCUGUUUCUAUAGGGGCUAUAGAGUAGAGCACCACCAGUCUGUUUCUAUAGGGGCUAUAGAGUAGAGCACCACCAGUCUGUUUCUAUAGGGGCUAUAGAGUAGAGCACCACCAGUCUGUUUCUAUAGGGGCUAUAGAGUAGAGCACCACCAGUCUGUUUAUAUAGGAGCUAUAGAGUAGAGCCACACCAGUCUGUUUCUAUAGGGGCUAUAGAGUAGAGCACCACCAGUCUGUUUCUAUAGGGGAUAUAGAGUAGAGCACCACCAGUCUGUUUCUAUAGGGGAUAUAGAGUAGAGCACCACCAGUCUGUUUCUAUAGGGGCUAUAGAGUAGAGCACCACCAGUCUGUUUCUAUAGGGGCUAUAGAGUAGAGCACCACCAGUCUGUUUCUAUAGGGGAUAUAGAGUAGAGCACCACCAGUCUGUUUCUAUAGGGGCUAUAGAGUAGAGCACCACCAGUCUGUUUCUAUAGGGGCUAUAGAGUAGAGCACCACCAGUCUGUUUCUAUAGGGGCUAUAGAGUAGAGCACCACCAGUCUGUUUCUAUAGGGGAUAUAGAGUAGAGCACCACCAGUCUGUUUCUAUAGGGGAUAUAGAGUAGAGCACCACCAGUCUGUUUCUAUAGGGGCUAUAGAGUAGAGCACCACCAGUCUGUUUCUAUAGGGGCUAUAGAGUAGAGCACCACCAGUCUGUUUCUAUAGGGGAUAUAGAGUAGAGCACCACCAGUCUGCUUCUAUAGGGGAUAUAGAGUAGAGCACCACCAAUCUGUUUCUAUAGGGGCUAUAGUGUAGAGCACCACCAGUCUGUUUCUAUAGGGGAUAUAGAGUAGAGCACCACCAGUCUGUUUCUAUAGGGGAUAUAGAGUAGAGCACCACCAGUCUGUUUCUAUAGGGGCUAUAGAGUAGAGCACCACCAGUCUGUUUCUAUAGGGGCUAUAGAGUAGAGCACCACCAGUCUGUUUCUAUAGGGGAUAUAGAGUAGAGCACCACCAGUCUGCUUCUAUAGGGUAUAUAGAGUAGAGCACCACCAAUCUGUUUCUAUAGGGGAUAUAGAGUAGAGCACCACCAGUCUGUUUCUAUAGGGGAUAUAGAGUAGAGCACCACCAGUCUGUUUCUAUAGGGGAUAUAGAGUAGAGCACCACCAGUCUGUUUCUAUAGGGGCUAUAGAGUAGAGCACCCACCAGUCUGUUUCUAUAGGGGCUAUAGAGUAGAGCACCACCAGUCUGUUUCUAUAGGGGAUAUAGAGUAGAGCACCACCAGUCUGCUUCUAUAGGGGAUAUAGAGUAGAGCACCACCAGUCUGUUUCUAUAGGGGAUAUAGAGUAGAGCACCACCAGUCUGCUUCUAUAGGGGCUAUAGAGUAGAGCACCACCAAUCUGUUUAUAUAGGGGAUAUAGAGUAGAGCACCACCAGUCUGUUUCUAUAGGGGCUAUAGAGUAGAGCACCACCAGUCUGUUUCUAUAGGGGAUAUAGAGUAGAGCACCACCAAUCUGUUUAUAUAGGGGAUAUAGAGUAGAGCACCACCAGUCUGUUUCUAUAGGGGCUAUAGAGUAGAGCACCACCAGUCUGUUUCUAUACGGGCUAUAGAGUAGAGCACCACCAGUCUGUUUCUAUAGGGGCUAUAGAGUAGAGCACCACCAGUCUGUUUCUAUAGGGGCUAUAGAGUAGAGCACCACCAGUCUGUUUCUAUAGGGGAUAUAGAGUAGAGCACCACCAGUCUGUUUCUAUAGGGGCUAUAGAGUAGAGCACCACCAGUCUGUUUCUAUAGGGGGCUAUAGAGUAGAGCACCACCAGUCUGUUUCUAUAGGGGCUAUAGAGUAGAGCACCACCAGUCUGUUUCUAUAGGGGAUAUAGAGUAGAGCACCACCAGUCAGUUCUAUAGGGGCUAUAGAGUAGAGCACCACCAGUCUGUUUCUAUAGGGGCUAUAGAGUAGAGCACCACCAGUCUGUUUCUAUAGGGGCUAUAGAGUAGAGCACCACCAGUCUGUUUCUAUAGGGGAUAUAGAGUAGAGCACCACCAGUCUGUUUCUAUAGGGGCUAUAGAGUAGAGCACCACCAGUCUGUUUCUAUAGGGGCUAUAGAGUAGAGCACUCCACACAUAACAUUGUGGCAUGUAUCUUGCACAGGUAAAUAGUUAAUGUUAAGUAACAGACAUUUUGUCAGUUGUACCUUCAAUUCAAAAUUUUAACACAUGAUUAUUACCUCUCAGUUUCCUCUGAUGAAACCAUAUUACAGAGAGAAACCACAUGUAUUAUUCCCCUGAUGUGUCAAAGCUGAGCUUAACCAGCGGUAAUAAAGCUUCAGCUUGGUUCGGUUGACAGUAAUCCCCCUUGUAAGCGAAUGUAGUAAAGGCUACAGCAACAACUGGUUUUCCCACCAAUAAAUAGCACAAGUUCUUAUGAAAUGAUUGAUGUUAAACACGUCUGGCUUCAUUCAGUGUUUUAAUGCCUUCUUUAAUGUCAAGAUACAUGCCGUUAUUAGUGUGUCCGAAGUUUUCAAUGUUCAUGUUGUCCUUUGCAACCAAAGCUCAGAGCCACCCUGUGAUGUUUCAGUAGGAGGUCUUCUACCCUCUGCUUCUACCCUCUGCUUCUACCGCCUCGGAAAAUAUCAGGUUGUAGUUGUAGUCCUUUACUGUUAUUGUUAGUCAAGAGAUGGUUCUAGUGGGAUAGAACGUUUUAAGUGCUGGUCAGAAAAGCUACCCUGCUGUCCCCACAAACAAAUACCUUCCUCAGCUUUAGAUACUCCCAGACCAGCAGAGUGUACAGUCAGUACCUGCUGGUCCUGUUACCAGCGUCUGCCGAUUACUCGAAGCGAUAGGAGCAGGCCCUGGCCCUAGACUAGGGCUGGUCAAUGAUGACAAGGUAAUACACUAGAAUGCCUGCUCUCUGUGAUGUGACAAUGGCCAGGAGUCCUGCUCGAUCGCUUUGUUAUGAAGUUAUGCAAUAUAUGAAGUUAUGAAUAACAUAAAAUAACAUAAUAUGAUGUUAUUUAUGUUAUUUCUCACGUGAAGAACUCCUGUAAACCUUGCCGUAUUGAAACUCAGUGAACAAGGCAUCUUAGACAAGCUGAAAAACAAAUGGUGGUACGAUAAGGGUGAAUGUGGAACCAAGGACUCUGGAAGUAAGGUCAGUCUCCGAUGGUCUUUUGUGUUGAUUCCCAGUUGCAUUGUGACGUACUGUUCAUAUGCAAAGAAAUACUAAACUAUACUGAAACAUCUAUAUUAGCUAUACUCUAUAUCCCCCUACCCUUCUUUUCUUAUUUUAUUAUACAAACAAAACAAAAAACUAAAUUCUGCCACAUACAUGUAACAAAAAAUGUAAUGGUAAAUUACCUUAGAGUAUGCUUGUGGAAAUUGUAAAUGUGUAAAAUAAUCAAACACCAUCAUUGAAUAGUUGUUGACUAGCUGUUGACACGUUUUCACACUUCACACUCAUAAUAUUCUUACCAUUCUGCUGCUGUUUCUAUUUACUAAACUUUUAAUUAAAAUGGGAUUUAUCUGUGUUGUUACUAGUUUGCAUAGAAAUGUAUCUAUUGGGUUCUUUAACCUCAUGUGGUGUAGUAAACAAACAAAGUGUUCUUGUUGUGAUCAAUUGCUUCCAUUUAACUUCAGGAAGACAUUACGACACUGUGGGGUGUUUUUCAAGUCUUUGUCUGAGCAAGGAGUUGCAAUGAAGAGAUCUUGUUGUUUCCACCCCAUAUGAAGUCUAAGAAUGCAAUAAACCUAUAUUUAACCCUCUGAGACCAUAGCCAGGCCAAUGAACUAACAGAUCAGUGUCCGUACCCUCGACGGCUUAGCUACAUAUUACCACAGAUAUAACCUCAGUCAAACCUCAAAGUGUUAAACUGCAAAUGGUAAAACUCUCAUGAACAACAUUUUUAUAAACAUGUUUGGGAAGUAAGCAGCAGCAAAAUGGUUUGAUUCCGUUCUUAACAAUUUACUUUUUUUUAAUUUUUUGAUGUCAGAGAGAUUUGACUACACAGUAUCAAAGUGUACCAAUACAUUUUUAUUCAGGACAUGUCUUGAAAUGUUGACCUGUGAGUUACUGACCGCAGCUUCCUAUAUGGAAGAAGACCUGUAGAGUAGGGGAAAGCUCUACAUUCACCUAGAUCAAACUAAAGAGGUGACUUGUCUCUCCUUCAUUGGAGAGUGGUCUGACUAUUGUGUUCAGAUGUUCCUCAAAACUUCUUGGACCACUAUAGGAAAGCCAGUCCAAUCUAGACCUCUUCUAGAGUCAACCUCAGCCAUCCUUUACUUUGUCAACCUUCUGUUGCUGUUAGCCUCUGGAGUCUGUAGUAUGAUCUGCCAUUGGUAGCAUCAGAAACGUUUCUGUCUCAGAGAGAGACAGUUUGUAGGAGGGUCUAGUUAUAGAGUAUCCACGUGAGUUCUGAGUGUUAGGUCUUUGACUGUUAUUUCAACAAGACUCUGUAAGGAUCAGUUUGAGGUCUAUAGAUACUCUGCUUUGUUGGCACACUGGUAGGCUGCACUGUCCUCUGCAGAACUCUCUCCACCGCAAACCCUCUAACUAUGUUCUUCACCUUCCCCAGGACAAGACAAGUGCUCUCAGCCUGAGCAAUGUGGCUGGAGUCUUCUAUAUUCUGGUUGGAGGGCUGGGGCUGGCCAUGAUGGUGGCUCUGAUUGAGUUCUGUUACAAGUCACGUGCAGAAACCAAACGUCUCAAACUAGCAAAGAAUGCUGAGAAAUUUAAGCCAGCUCCCCCGACCAACCCCCAGAACUUUGCCACAUACAGAGAAGGCUACAACGUGUAUGGGACAGACAGCGUUAAGAUCUAA